AGGAGAGAGAGGAGGGCCGGGCGGCGGAGGGGAGGAGGCGCUGCGUGCCUCGCCUGCCAAAGGCAGAUCCGCCCCUCCGCCCGCGAGCUACAGCGCCCCGCGCGCGGCCACAGCGCUCCGCCCGAGCCGCCGCCAGAGAGCCGCGGGAAGCGGGGCUGCACGGGCGGCGGCGCCGCGCGUCCUCCCGGAGCCCUCCGCCUGCUGCCGGCCCCUGCUUUCCCUCCCGCGUCGGGCCCGGGGGCUCCGCGGCUGUUAGGGACCGCGGCGAAGAGGGAAGGACGGUCUUGCGUGCCGUGGAUGCUCCGCCCGGGAGAGACAGCAAGUUGUGAGUGCGCCCCGGCGCCGGGAGAGAAGGUGGCCGCCGCCCGCCAGCCAUGGACCAUCUUCCUUACUGCACAGGAUGGGAAGUUGAUGCCCAGUAAGACUGAAGAUCCGUUCUGUUAAUAGACACUCUCCCAUCACAGAACUGUGGAUUACCUGUGGGUCCCCGGUGGUUUCACACCUUCACUCCCUCCUGCAGACCCAGAACACUUACUUUGGGUCCUCUUUGCCCCAUCUGGUGAAAGAUGGCAUCCAGUCUGACUUGCACCGGGGUCAUCUGGGCUUUGCUCUCGUUUCUUUGUGCUGCCACCUCCUGCGUGGGGUUCUUCAUGCCUUACUGGCUCUGGGGAUCUCAGCUGGGCAAGCCUGUGUCCUUCGGUACUUUCCGGAGGUGCUCGUAUCCCGUGCACGAUGAGAGUCGGCAGACGAUGGUGAUGGUGGAGGAAUGUGGGCGCUACGCCUCCUUCCAGGGCAUCCCCAGCGCAGAAUGGAGGAUUUCUACCAUCGUGACAGGCCUGGGCUGUGGCCUGCUCCUGCUUGUGGCGCUCACCGCCCUCAUGGGCUGCUGUGUGUCGGAGCUCAUCUCCCGGACAGUGGGAAGAGUGGCUGGAGGAAUUCAGUUUCUGGGGGGCCUGUUGAUCGGUGCUGGCUGUGCCCUGUACCCCCUGGGCUGGGACAGUGAGGAGGUCCGGCAGACUUGUGGCUACAUUUCUGGCCAGUUUGACCUGGUUCCAUAUAUCCACCUAUAGCCCAAGAAGCAUCGAUUACUCUCCUUGUGACACUUGAAGCUGCUGGCCUUUGUCUAAUUCAACAGACUUCCUGCCUCAAGAGAGGUAAGAGGGUCUGAUUCAGGGGAGGGCAGGGGCCGAGAAAUAAGCCUUCUACUUAAACUAAGAUGCUGGGAGUGUCUGUGUGUGUGCUCUUAAUUUCAAAACACAGAGUCUACUUCUGGACAAAUAUCUAGCUAUAAGGAAUCUAUCUUAUCAUGAAUUCUAUAAACAUGGUGAUAAUAUUCUCCAAAUCUCAAACUGGGACAUAUCAUCUGGCUAAAGGAUUUUUUUUUUUUUGAUUUGUGGAGUCACUUAAUCUUUAUGAGCUAUACAUUAAUCCCAUUUAGUUAGUCAGUAAUGGAAAUCUUUUACUGGAGAAACUAGAAUUUUACAAAAAUCAUAACUGUACCAGGAAAGCUGGCACAGACAGUCAAUAUACAUGAUGCUACAUAGCGUUUAGAUUGCAGGCUCAUCCCAAAGACAGCUUUUGGUAUAUUUAUUAUUCUUAAACACCUGAUCCUUUGUAAUUCUCUUGUGAAUCCAGACCUUUUACACUCUGCCAGUUAUUUUUUAAAAAGCUUUUAUCACUCAAUUUACAUCAGUAAGUGAAACUGCAAGAUAGGUUUUUUUCUCCUUCAAAACUGUAGCUUUCCCCCUCUGAGACAUUGCACACAACCCUCUACAGCAUGAAUAUGUUUCAGAGUCAUGGGACUCCUUGCUGACCCAAGCCUUCCAAAAUUCAUGUGUGAUGCAGGAGUAGAGAAAGAAUUCAAAUCUGAAAGCCAAAUCUCUGAGUUUCCUGUGUUAUUUGAUAAAAUAUUAAAUUAGCAUUGUCCCUGUCAAGUUCUGGUUUAUUUUUAGGCAAUCAUGUGAGCAUAAAUGCCUACCACCUGUCCAGGAGAAGUGGGAGAGUGUACACUAUGUAAUCCUCCCAAUCAAGUCCCCAUAUCUGAGUCAGAGUUGGCUUGCAGUGGGAAAACAACAGGGCAGUUGAACCUGAUUAAAUAUGAGAACAUUGGCAAUGCAGAUUUGUAGGUCACCCCACUUUACACCUUCCCUGUCACCUUAUGCAGGGUAAAACCUGGGCCAUAAAUCCUUAAAAAAAUUCACCAUCUCAAGAAAUUUUAGUUUUUCCUUGCUUUUAAAAUGACUGUUAACUCACUUCCUUGAGCCUUUUAAUUUUCACUUCAUUAAGGAAAAAUACCUAAUUUAACAACUUGGGAACUUUGAGUUUCUACUAGACCUCUUCCUCAAUCCAUAACAAAAUUGUUUAUCAGACAAUUUCAACAGGACCAAAGUUUAUCCAAAAAGUUCUCUUACAAAGAGAGACCAAGGCUUUGAUUUCUUAUUGAGUAGAGUGCUGGUAAAUGUUUAACGACAUAGUAGUUGCCAAUUUCCAUGGUGUAAAUACUGCCCCCAUUGGCUGGCUUAGUUAGCAGUGUGUCACCAGGGAGUGCAGAGCUGGGUAGAGAUGAGAAAGCCAGUAAGAGCUGAUUUCAGCCCAUCCCUGAGUUUAUCCCCCUAGUCUACUUGUUCCCAAAUUUUGGGGUGAAUCACUAUCACUUUUAUUAAAAGUACAGAGGUUGAUGCAGAUUUCUGGUGCUGAGGCCAGAGCAUCUGUAUAUUUAACAAGUUUCCCAGGUGAUCCUGAUACUGCAGUCUGAGCUCUCGUUCUUAUGUUCAUUCCUAUAUAAGGCUAGUCUUGUAUUAUGUAGUAUUGCCAUUCCUGAUCAAGAACUCUACAUUUUCAUGAAAUACAUUUUCAUAGCACACAAUUCACUAAGAUAUUACUAAAAGAGACUAAAUUCACUAAGCUGUAAUGAAAAUAGAUUCUAAUGUUCAGAAUGAAUAAUGAUCGUCCUAUUCACUUUGAUAUAAUAGACUGUAUUCAGCUCAUUACUAUUCAUUAUCUGGAUUGUAAAAUAUGCUAUGGAAAGCCAGAUUCCAUAUAUUUUAGAAAUUAGAUGAAAUCUUUAUGGAGCACAUAAAUAUGCUUAUCCUCGAGUCGUGAGAAAUAUUUGCAUCAGACAUUUUCUUUGUAAAAGUGAUUUACGUGACAGCUACCUUUGCUCGCCAUCAAUUUUCUUCCAACAGGAUUAUGCCAAGUGCGUAGUGAAUCUAAUGUUUUGUUUAUGACAAAAAAUUCAGAUAAAUAUACCAACUUCCUCUGAAAAUGUUUGGGUGAUUUUCAAAAAGGCUUUGUGGGGUAAUUUUAUUCCUUUUCAGGAAUGAAUGAGUGCAUUUCAUUGGAGAUGAUUUCACUGCUUUAGAGCUAAACUUUUUCGAAAGACUGCAUUCACUUCACAGAUAUCUACCAAGCCAUAUUCUUUAAAGGAGUUUAAAUCAAAUUGGGGUUAAGAAUUCCUUCUAUUAACAAUUACAGAAACAUACAGGAGGUAUUUGAAAACCGUGGCUGGUACUGAUCGCUGCGUGUACGUUCCAGGUUGUUUGUUGGGAGAGACAGACAUGUAAAUAAUCACCUUUGAGGGUGACAAAUGCUGGGAGACAGUGACUAAGGUUUCCCUGAUGAGUCAGGACAGCUUCACAAAGAGGGUGACAUGUGAUCUGCAGGAUAAUUCGGAGUAAGGAAAGUGGAAGCAGAGAGGGCGUUUCAGGCUUCGGAGGAAUGAGACCCAGGCACCUGGCUCAAGAAAAGAGACUUUCAAAUUGUUCAUUUGAGUAAUAAGUACUCUCCUACUCUGGACAGAACUGUGCUUGACACUUGGGGGAAGAAGAGUAAAUAAGUGGUAUGGCCCCAACCCUCAAGGUGUUCAUGUGCCUGAGACUUGCAAAUAUUGGAGAAGGAAGGGGAAACGACACAAGCAAAUGCCACGGGGUGCAUCACAGAUACUAAGUGAUGGGGGGUUAUUGUAAAAGGAUAAGAGAGAUGUGGGCUGACAGUGUUUAGGGAAGUCUUUCUGGGUUAAAGGUAUUUGGACAAGAGAAGCAGCAUUUAAACAAACAACACAAAGCAAACAAGCAAACUGGUGAGAGAACAGGUUGCAUGGGUGACAGGAGGAAAAUUAGUGCGACCAGAAUAGGGCAUCCUGGUGAGCAGGGUGGAGGGUAGGAGGAGGGUGUGGUGGAAAGCAUGUAAUUUGGAGUCCUGACUUAGCUUGAGACUGGUCAAGGAUUGGGGGGAAAAUGGAAAAAAAAAAAAGGCUUUAUUUUUUCAGAGUCUCAGAGUCUUUAACAAUAGAAUGGGUCUAGUAAAACCUACCUCACAGGCUUGUGAGGAUCAAAUGAGGCAAUUUAUGUGAAAACAUUUUGUAAACUGCUAUGUACUAUAAAUAUGGGGGUGAUUAUCAAUGGAUGGGAUUCUUGAACACUGGUUCCUUUCUAAGAAGCCACAGCCCGUGCCUGGGUAUUUCAGCUUUCAUGAAUGGCAUUUUUCAGCGUGAAGAUAUACAUUGUUUGCCACAUUUAGAUCUUCCCUCCGAGAGCCAACCUCAGAACCAAAAC